AUGUAUCUCCAUGUCGAGGGAAGCAGUACCCUCCGCUGGAUCCAACAGCUGGAAGCGACUUUCCUUCAUCCUAGACGUCUCCGGCGGUGGGCAAUCCAGUACUUGCAGCUCUUCUUCGUAUCAGCAGGUCCACACCGCCAUCAUCGACAAGAUCCUGCCAGCAGUGUCUUCACCUGCGCUAGCGUCACCUCCAUCGCAGCUGCAUACACUUCACCAAUCCCGUACUUCCCCUGUGUCCUGCAGGCUGCAGUGCAGCAGGCUGCUGCCAGCAGCUCCAUCUUUGGCGGUGGCCAAAAGAACGUUCCGAGUCCAGGUGUGUACCGUACAUCAGGUUGCGGACUACUGGAGGCUUAA